AGUGACAGUUUGUUGGUGGCAUGUUUUGAGUUAAAGAGUGUGGAAUCUACUCGAACAGGCUAAGCUAGUCGGGUUAGCAGCCGCGGCAUUAGCGAUUGUUAUGGAUUUUUAAGCUGCUUGGGUUUCCAUGGAUAUAUAUAUAUAUAUAUAUUUCUCGUAUGACAACUGAAAUGUAAAACAAAAGGAAAUAUAGAAUUUACUGAAGUCAAAGAUAUCUUCUCUUUCACCAAAUUCGCCAUAUAUUUGGAUAAUGACAGAGAAGUGUCAAGACACUGACAGUAACCGGUGUUGGUGGUUUGGCGUUUAAUGUUUCUAUUAAACAUUCUCUAAUCAGUGAAAUAAAAAGGUUUGGUUGAACAUUUAUGUGUCCGAGCACAUUAGUUUUUAAAGUAAGAGGUGCUUUUUCCUUUUUUAUAUUGCCAUUUAAAUUCUAAUCAAUAAACGUGACAACACAAUACUUGCACAUCAAAAUACAAUUUGCCAAACAUAUUCAACAAAUAGGAAAAGAGAUAACAUAAAAGGUAUGAGAUGUCAUGUAAAUGGCUUAGAAGCUUCACAUAGAGACCUAGUCAGUUUUGCUUUACUAUUUUUCAAGCCAAGAAGUAACUAAAAUUGUUUCUUAUUAGAUAAAAAUGUGGACAAAGUUUCCAUUUGGGACAUUUGCAGUUGAAAUAAAGUCUCCCUCUGAUUCUCUUCUGGGAGUGCUCUCACUUGAAACGCCGCCAAGAUAGCUGGACCAGGCAGGAAACGGCACAGCUCAGAUCCAGACCCCUGUGGAAGCAGCUCCGGCAGUGGGAGCGAGGUCGGAGACGGCCGACCCAUUAGCGGCAAGUGGCUGAAGAUGGCCAGCAGCAGUACAGGACCCAGCGAAUCGGGUCGGAGGCGAGGUCAGAGAGGACCUGACGAUGCGGUCAGCGCUAGCAAGAAGAAACAGAAGGACAAAGUCAACCAGGAGAGCAAAGAGGCCAAGCGGGCAGCCUCAGGCAUUAGCACAGAGUCUAGGAAAGAUUUGUUUCUGGACUGGAAGCAGAAUGCGUACGAGGUGAUUGUGAGGCUGAACUGUGGAGAUGCUGGGGUGCUGAGAGUAGAAGAUAUCGAUUCUGCCUUUUCCGAUUCCGCCUGCCACAUCCGCUUGCCGGAUGGCCGUGAAUGGAGCUGUCAUCUCCACGAAGAGAUUGAAGCCUCCUGCAGUAAAUUGCUUUAUAAGGAGAAAACAAAUGUUCUGCAGCUUGUCAUGCACAAGAAGAUCCCCCUCAACACGUGGCCUACCUUCGCUAACAAGAAAAAGACAGAGAUGGUGAACAUCCUUACAGAGAAUGGCAGCAACCACCAGCCGUCAACCACAGGGCGGCCUGAAAAAUCUAGCGAAAGCAUUGAGAAAACGCCCGCAGUGACUUCUGCUGAACAAAAACGAGGUAAACCCGACCGUGGGUUGAAACGAGGGAUGAAAGGCAAACAGGUGGAGCUCACUGAGAGCACAGGCGUGAAAGUAGCAGACAUUAAAUCAAGCGAUAAAGCAGACUCGAUCAAUGAGCCCAGCGCAAAGCGUACCACACGACCCUCCAAAAACACAAAGGAGCCCCCUCUAGCUCCCUGCUCAUCGAUGGCGUCUCAAUCCAAACAAGCAGUUAAUGGCAAGACACACACGUCAGCCGUUAGCAGUGGUGCCUCUUCAUCUAGCAAUGCAAAAGACAACAGGGCUCAGGUGCAGGUCAAAGGUCAAGCAUGCCAGACAUCGGCGAAAGAAAAAGGAGUGGACAGGAGGCCAAAAAGCAAUGCUCAGGUUGAAGCAGAUGAUAGCAAGACUGUUUCCUCUGUGUGUGAGCCGAAGGUGACGCAUCAGGAGAGGAGUUCUUCUCCUAUGAAAACAAACUCUGAAAAAAUAGCAUCAGAUGAGACGGGAAACAGAAAGGAGGAAAAGAAGCCACAAGCUGAUACCCAGAUCCCUAAAGUGCUUCCAUCUCAUGAAUCAGGAUCUGGAGAGCCUGUUUCAACAUCCUCAAAGAGAGAGGAGUCUCCUCAGAAGAGCUGCACAGAGGAGAAGAGCUGCACAGAGGAGAAGAGAGACAAGUCCAAGGAGGAGCCACAUGGAGGGAGCCAUGAGGAGGAUACAGAAGGUCCAGAGCCGAUGGUGAACUUGAAGUUGGUGAAGAAUGACUCUUAUGAGAAAGGGACAGACCUGAUGGUUGUUAAUGUCUACAUGAAAGAAAUUUGCCGGCAGACCUCCAGGGUGCUGUUCAGGGAACAAGACUUCACUCUUAUCUUCCAGACCAGUGAUCCCAACUUUUUGCGCCUUCAUCCGGAUUGCGGACCAAACACUGUCUUUAAAUGGCAGGUUAAACUCAGGAAUCUAAUCCAGCCAGAUCAGUCCAGCUAUGCCUUUACUCCGUCCCGAAUCGACAUCACCCUGAAGAAGAGACACAGUCAGCGCUGGGGGGGUCUGGAGGCCCCUGCCACACAAGGUGCAGUGGGGGGCGCCAAGGUUGCUGUGCCCUCCAGCCCUUCCACACUUGAAAAGAGUCAGCCAGGAAGCAGCCAGCAUGCACUUCCUGCUAAAGAAGAACCACGUGUGGGAGAGGAGAAAGUCAAACCCCCUCGAGCCCCAGAGGACUCGGGUCUGGAUGCCGUGGCCCCUCGCUCAGUCCCAGAACACGUGUCCCUCAAACAGGAACCAACUGUUGUAACGCCCAAGCCCACCUGCAUGGUGCAGCCCAUGACUCACACUCCUCCUGCAGGCAGUGAGAGAGCUGAAGAAGUAGAGGAGAAGAAGGUGUGUCUCCCCGGCUUCACUGGACUAGUCAAUUUGGGAAACACUUGCUUUAUGAACAGUGUGAUCCAGUCCCUCUCCAACACACGGGAGCUCAGGGAUUAUUUCCACGACCGGGCAUUUGAGUCCGAGAUUAACUGUACUAACCCAUUGGGCACGGGUGGACGACUGGCCAUUGGCUUUGCCGUUCUACUUCGAGCGUUGUGGAAGGGCACUCACCACGCAUUUCAACCCUCCAAAUUAAAGGCUAUAGUUGCCAGUAAGGCCAGUCAGUUUACAGGCUACGCACAGCACGAUGCUCAGGAGUUCAUGGCUUUCUUGCUAGAUGGGCUGCAUGAGGACCUGAACCGCAUCCAACACAAACCAUAUACAGAGACCGUUGACUCAGACGGCCGUCAGGAUGAAGUUAUUGCAGAAGAGGCAUGGCAGAGGCAUAAAAUGAGGAACGAUUCCUUCAUUGUUGACCUCUUUCAGGGCCAGUACAAGUCAAAGCUGGUGUGUCCAGUGUGUUCUAAGGUUUCCAUAACCUUUGACCCCUUCCUGUACUUGCCUGUCCCUCUACCUCAGAAACAGAAGGUGCUGACUGUUUUCUAUUUUGCUAAAGAGCCUCACAAGAAACCAGUCAAGUUUUUGGUCAGUGUGAGUAAAGAGAACUCGAGCACGACUGAAGUACUGGAUUCAAUAUCUCGCAGCGUCAGGACCAAACCAGAGAAUCUGAGGCUGGCAGAGGUUUUGAAGGGCAGGUUCCACAGAAUCUUUUCACCGUCUCAAUCUUUAGACACGGUCUCGUCCAAUGACCUGCUCUUCUGUUUUGAGAUGUUGUCAAAAGAUCUUGCCAAAGAGAGGGUGGUGCUGCUGAAGGUCCAACAGAGACCUCAGGUACCUAGCAUCCCAAUCACAAAGUGUGCUGGCUGCCUGAAGCCUCCUGCCUCUGAUGACGAGAAGCUCAAGCGCUGUACUCGCUGUUACCGUGUCGGCUACUGCAAUCAGGCCUGCCAGAAGAACCACUGGCCUAAUCACAAGACCAUGUGCCGACCCAAUGUGGAGAAUAUAGGACUGCCGUUUUUAAUCAGUGUGCCUGAGUCUAGGCUGACUUACACCCGCCUCACACAGCUUCUGGAAGGCUACUCUAGGUACUCUGUCAAUGUGUUCCAGCCACCUUUCCAGUCCGGUAGGACAUCCCCAGAGGCCAGCUUGUCCCGUGUUGACCUGACCUCCAUGGCGGGCAGUGUCUCAGAGUGUCAAGAGCAGGAGGAAGAGCCGCCAUCUGCAGGAGAAGUGGAAAACCUAGCGGAGCAGGGUGAUACUGUCACAGCCCCUCAAACAGAGACCGUGUCUACACUCUCCGCAGCAGAUGGUGACACACUCUCCACACACACCAUUGACUCAGGAUGCUGUGAGCUUGCUACCAGCUCCCAAGAUUCUUUGGUUGAGAAAGAAACAUCAUGUGAAAAGGCUAUUAAACCAGAAGCUGUAGUGACCGGGUAUCAGCAGCCUUCUGAGUCUGGGAGUGGAAGUGCGUCUCAAUUCUACAUAACCAUUCAGGACUCGAACCAAAAAGAGGACAAAAAACUUGAGGACAAAGGUGAUCUGGUACUGGAGCUGCCGGAUGACUGCACGCUGGAGCUGGUGUGGAAGAACAACGAGCGGCAGAAGGAAUAUGUGCUGGUGCGCUCUAAAGAGCUGGAGUUUGAUGAAGACCCGGGCUCUGCUACGGAGACUUCCAGGGCAGGACACUUCACCUUAGAGCAGUGCCUGAACCUCUUUACCAAACCUGAGGUGCUGGCCCCUGAAGAGGCAUGGUACUGUCCUAAGUGUCAGCAACACAGGGAGGCCUCUAAACAGCUGCUGCUUUGGCGCCUUCCCAACGUGCUCAUCAUCCAGCUCAAGCGCUUCUCAUUUAGGAGCUUCAUAUGGAGGGACAAGAUUAAUGAUAUGGUCGAUUUCCCAGUCAGAAACUUGGACCUGAGUAAGUUCUGUAUUGGUCAUAAGGGUGACAUUCAGCAGCCCCCUAUCUAUGACCUCUACGCUGUGAUCAACCAUUAUGGCGGAAUGAUCGGAGGACACUACACGGCCUACGCUCGUCUUCCCAGUGACAAGAACAGCCAGCGCAGCGAUGUUGGUUGGCGUUUGUUUGAUGACAGCACAGUGACAACAGUGGAAGAGAGUCAGGUGGUGACACGUUACGCCUAUGUGCUGUUUUACCGUCGCAGGAACUCUCCAGUGGAGAGGCCGUCUCACUUGCUGGGGCCCCUUGGCACUGAAUCCUCUGCUGCAACUGGUGGUGCUGCCAGUCAGGCGUCUCUGAUAUGGCAGGAACUGGAGGAGGAUGAGGAGGGGCAGCGAGAAGCCUCUCUUCGGAGCCUGUUCCGCCCCGGUCUACGAGGAAGAAGAGCCAGGACAAGGCUGGGGGAGGAAGAAGAAGAGGAGGACAGGAGAGGGCAUUUCCACCGCAGACGAGAUGGCAUCUCAGAUUACUGUGACGGCGAGCGCCUGAGAUAUUUCAUCCUGGGCACUGUGGCCGCAGUCCUAGCGUUGCUGUUCAACCUCAUUUAUCCUUUGUUAUACUGGUCUAACUGGGCUUGAUUUACUACUCACUGCAGCUGCAGACCCUCAGUACAAAGAUUUGCACUUUAAACUGAUUGUACUGUAAGUCAUGACUCUCUUUGAUGGCAACUUCAAUGUUAUUUAGCUUGAGUCACACAGCCAUGCCAGUCAGGAUUUUUUUUUUUUUUUUUUUUUCGUCCCAUUUCAGUUGUUUUACAACAUUGUCCAGAAUGUUUAAAAAAAACACUCAGGAAAAAUGUCUUGCAUAAAUGUACUUAGUAUACUCAUUUAAUACUAAUAGCAGUUAGGACGUUAUUUGCUGCCUCAUUUUUAGCCAGAUUUUAUUUUAGCUGUACAACUAACCAAUAAAACAACUUAAUUACAAAUAUUAAAGGGAUAAUCCAAAAAUGAAAAUGUUCUCUUUUUUUUCCCACCCUCAUGCCAUUCUAAGCCUGUUUCACUUUCUUUUUUUUUCUGCAGAACUCAAAAGAAGAUAUUUUGAAGAAUGUUUUGGUUCCCUUUGACUUCCAUUGUAUUUUUUUUGUCCAUACGCAUACAGUGGAAGUCAAUGAGAACUCAAACUGUUUAGUUACUAUCAUUCUUCAAACUAUCUUUGUUCACCAGGUUCAACAUGAGGACAAUAAAUUUUCAUUUUUGGAUGAGCUCAGCAUUGUGUAUCAUCUGUUUUCAAUAUAACCUAAAUGCCUUUAUAAACGGCAUAAUGGCGGCAUUUUAAACUCUGUGAUGACUAUCUUUGUGUAUUAUGUCAGAGCUUAAUUUAAAGUUAACAUGAAUUCAAAAUUAUUUACUAUUCUAGUUAUACUCUAUUUACUCUAAUGCAUAUUUCUGGUCUUAUGCAUGAAUUUUCAGUGCAUGCUAUUCUCCAGGUAAAGGUUUUUUAUAUCUUUGGAAUUAAAAAAUAUAUAUAUUUUGUUGGUUUCAGCUGAUGAAAAUAAUGUUGAACAAUGGCUAGAUAACGAUUUAGACAUUGUUUUAGCACUCAUUAAUUCUGACACCAUUCUGUGUGUAACACCCUCUUCUCGCAAACUAAUCAUUUCCAAUGGAUGAAAUCAGGUCCUGUCUUGCAUUGUUUCUUUAUGUCAUCUAGAAGUAAAAUGAGCGGUGUGUGCUUCUAGUUCAUGUUGACUCUAGAUGAUUGGAGUCUUAUUCUUUGUAUUGUGGGAUAAUCUUGCUACUUCAUUUUAUGGUUUCAUGUUCACUUUUUUGUUACUUUUUUAAAAUUAUUUUAUAUUAUUUACUCUUUUUUUUUUUUUUUUUUUUUUUUUUUUUUUUUUUUUUGCCAAAGUUGGUCAGUAGUCUGGUAAGAGUUUAAUAUGUUUUGUUUAAAAAUAGCUUGACUGGUUAGCAUUUUCUGAGUCAGCAAGGCAGGUCAGCUCCUUACUGUACUUCUGUACCCAACUACGGAAAUCAGUGAGGUUUUUGUUUUUUUUUGUACUUUGAUCCAUUGAUUCAAAGCCUAGCUGCACAUGUUCUAAGUUGAGAUGAGAUCCACAUAUUGUAAGAUGAGUGGUACUGGGAUUUGUGGGUAUGUGGCAGUUUCAACAGUCUCAGGGAUGCUGGUGGGCUUUGAUCGUUCAUGUGGCCGUCCACACUACAAAGCCUAAAGACAUUUGGCUUCUGUGAAUGCCUCAGCUCUGGACGCCGUGACCAAAACAAUACCAUCAGAUAUUAUUGUACCUCAUUAAGGUCAUGGGUCAUUAUGUCAUCAUGGGUGUUCCUGUUUGAAAUGUUAUUGGUUCUAAUUUAAGGAUAAAUCUUUGAUCAAGGGCACAGGACUGCAUUAUUAUUUAUGUAUGUAAUCAUAUUUAAACAGUAAUUGAAUAUGUUUGGGUAAGUGAUUAUUUAAAUAUAAUCUUAAAAAAAAAAAAUGAAAAAAUGCUCAUGCUAUUUAUGAUGCUGCACAAAAUAUCCCAGCAAUAAUUGAGACCACUCUAAAUGCUGCUCAAUUGUAAUAGUGCCUGUACCACGCUCUUCACAAAUAAUAAAUAAUUCAAAAUUA